UUCUGUCCUCAUCUGUGGAGCUGUGAUCUGUAAGGUGGUGGGAGCCGCAGGCGGGACUCAGGGGGCCCAGGAAACCAGAAAUGGACUCAGUGGCCUUUGAGGAUGUUAAUGUGGAGUUCACCAUGGAGGAGUGGGCUUUCCUGGAUCCCACCCAGAAGAAACUCUACACAGAUGUGAUGCUGGAAACCUUCUGGAAGUUGGCAUCAGUAGCAUGUAUUUUAGAAGAAAAAUGUGAAGACUGUGACAGUGAAGAUCAGUAUGAACAUCAUGGGAUGAAUCUUAGGUGGUAUGUCCUGGAACAUGUUCCAUGUGCCCGUGAAAAGAAUGUGUACUCUGUUGCUUUGGGGUAA